UGUUAUUUCUAGAAUUCAUUCAAUUUAUAAAAAAUAUAAUGAUCGCUCGAAAUCAAGUUUGGAUUUUGAACAGAAUAUUUUGGUAUCGUAUAAUUAAAGUGUUCAAAAAUAUUUUCGUACGAGUAGAAGCAUUUUUGCUUCUAGGCAAUGCGGUGCUGAGUACAGGAAAAAAAAGCCGCGUUAUUUGUUUUUGCGCCUGACAAUAUGCAACUCCUUAUACACAGCUGUAAUUCAACAAUGAACUUCUUUUUACUCCGUCGAAAUCAAUGUUUUUCACAACAUUUGGAAAAGGCGAGAUCUUACGAGCUUGAAUUACAACGUUCUUACGACGACGAAUACGUAUCUUUGAUCAUCAAUAUUUCCAAAUUACAUGGAACUAAAUCUAUAAUAUUCUUAUACGCUCAAUCGAUAGAAGAAAUGGAAGUUGCAACGACGUUAUUCAAAUGGAUGCGUGCACUUUCUCGUGAAGGUUUUUUGACCGUGUCCUUGUACUUUUCAGAAUUACACAAAACAUCGUACUACAUUAAACAAAUCGUACGACCCCAUUACGUCGCGAUUAUAACUAAUAACAAUGCAAUUAAUCAGUUCUCCCUAGCAAACAAUAAUUUCAAUAUGCCUUAUGCCGUAUGGCUUGUAUUAUUCAUUUCCAAGGGACAUAGCUUCGAUUAUUGUCACAGUCCACCAGGUAAUAUAUUUCAUUUGAAAUUCAACACGGAAAUGUUGGUCCGUUGCGGUAACGAAAAUAUUUUACGUGAAUGGUAUUCGAUCUAUAAGAAUCGAACGGAGAUCAAUGAUUUUGCACAUUGGAGUUUGGAGAAAGGAAUCGUUAAAAUGGUUUCUGAUUCUCUUUACGAUAGAAGAUACAAUUUACAAGGUUUGGUUAUGAGAACUGCUAUAGUUAAGGAUUCACCGUUCAUAAAUUUAAAUAAGGAUGGCCAAUUGGACGGCAUGUUCGGUAGAAUAUUAAAAGAACUUUGUAUGACAUUAAAUUGUAGUUUCAAUAUUGUUUCCGAAGUAAACGAGCAUGGAAGUUGGAAUACAAAAAAAAAUACUUGGUCCGGAGCAAUCGGAGAAUUAUACGUCGGACGUGCUGAUAUUUCUAUUUCAGAUUUUUCUAUGACCAGUGCCAGAUUGAAUGUAGUUGACUUCACGUUUCCUCUUUUGCUAUCCAAAAAUUUUCUAUACAUUAAAGAACCAAAGAUAUUCGCGAUUAAAUGGUCAUCUUAUUUUCUGACUUUCUCUCAUUCCAUUUGGAUUGCUAUUUUUGGAGUAUUAUUUUUUACAACGGUCUUAUUAAUUUUUCUGAAAAUAAAAAAUAAAACCGAUCGUAAUAUUGGACACUUAUUAUCGGACAAUUUUUUAGAAAUUUGGGGUAUAUUUUGUCAACAGGGACUCCCAGAUUUUCCACAGAGAUUAUCGUUAAGAAUAACAUACUUCUCUAUAUUUCUUUUGGCCGUGAUCUUAUCGGCCGCUUAUUCUGCUGCUUUGAUAAGCUUUUUAACGUCCGUUAUCCAUGUCUUACCUUUUCGAUCAUUAGAGAAUUUCGUUGAAGAUGAAUCUUAUCAAUUUAUUGUUAUUCGCGGUACGGCCGACUACGAUAUAUUUGCAAAUUCGGCAGAUCCACUUGCGAAGACAUUAAUGAAGUUAAUGCCAGAAGAGGAAAAGUUACCAAUAACUGUAUUAGAAGGAUUUAGAAGUAUUUGUAAAAAUCGGAAACAAGCGAUCUAUACAUCCGACGAAAUAAAAAAGGUUCUAAAUUUUAAAAUACCAUGUAAUGUGGUUUCUAUUGAAACAGGACGUAUAGACAGUUUAUCUAUUAUUUUAUCUAAGCAUAAUCCAUUCAUCGGUAUCAUCAAUUUUCACUUGCAGAAAUUUUUCAACUACGGAAUAAUGAAUCGUUUAAAAGAUGUAACAUUUAAGAAGAAUUUUAACGAUAUGAUGCAACAGCAACCAGUUCAGAUAGUCAGUAUUAUAUCGCCUAUUUUUCUCAUAUUAAUUGGUAUUAUUUUGAGUAUAUUCAUUUUAAUCAUAGAAAAGUAUAUUUCCGUUCGUAAAAAGAAACAAAUGUCGAUGGUAAAACGUAUAUCGUUGUUUAAUUCGUUAGAAUUUUAUAUAGAAAGGAAGAAAACUUUUAAAAAUAUUGCAAAAGACAAAAGAAAUCGCAAAUGUAAUCGCGUGAAUUACUCAUGACAAUGCUAAUUUCCCGUUUGUCAAUGAAUAUUAUUAUUCCGAUUGUAAUUUCUUAUAUUGAACACAUACGCAGAAACAACUAU